UAAUUUACUUUUUAUAAGUAAUUAAUAUAUGCCAAAAAAAUGACCAGUUACAAGUCAGUGAAGUAUCGGGCCUUAAAACGAUUACUCAAGAAAGAUAGCAGUGAUGAAUUCGAGCCGCCAGAUAAAUUGAUGAACUUGUCUCUAAGUGGAUCGACUUCGGAUUUUGUCAGUUCGGAGUCAGCAUGUUCAACAAUGGACAAUAAUUUAAUUCCACAAUAUGAAUCGGAUCGAAAUAUGGGAAAAGUGUGUUUGUCAGAGAAUCUCCCUUUGCCAGAAAAAUCAGAUUCACCACCUGUUCCAUCUGCAGUUGAUGUUGAUAAUUUUGUGUUGCCCAUUGUAGCUUCUCAGAGUGACGAUUCUCUGUCAGCUUACGAUUCUGACGAGAUGAAGGAGGCAGAAAAAAACUUUGCAGAAAAUUGCAAAUUGGACCAAAAUGGCCAAAAUGACGCAGAAGAACCUGAAACAUUGCGUUAACUUUAAUAAGCUCAUUGUAAGCUCCUUAUUGUACCUUCAAAAAGAUAAAAAAAAUAAAACGUAUUUUACUUAA